GCUACUGUAAAGGACACGGACUCUAUUUAAAAAUAAAACUCAGAUUUAUGGAAAGUAAAGACAGCUCGAUCCGGGGACACGUUAGAUCUCACAAAAUGAAAACCGGUGCUCUGGACAGUGACAGUCGUGCAGGGAACAACUAAAUCAUUUCAACUUCAAAGUAAAAGCUACAUUGAUGGAUAUCUUAGACUAAAAAACCUUUAACUGUGCUGAAAAACUCAGGAAGCAGUUUUUCCCUCCCUCUCAUUUGAAAGAACUUGAAGAAGAAGUAAAAUGGCAGCUGUUUGAAGUUAAUAUUCAGGAUGAACGAUGAUAAUUCAGAUGGCAAGACAGAAAAUGAAUCACAAUCCUUAUUUAUCCGUGAUAAAAAUGGAAAUAUGUAUCCAUACAACCCCAAAUCACCACCUACUCAAAAUUCUUCAACUAGUGAUGUGAACUGGAAUCUUGCCAAACCAGAUUACAUGGUGGUUGAUUAUGAAACCAACAACCCUGCUGUGGACAGUGGUGAAAAUAUUUCUUUAAACCAUCAGUGUGUUAAAGUACUUGAUCACCAAAAGUCUUCAAGUGAUUUCAUUAGUAAGGGGAUGUUAGAUACGCACAAAGAUUUCAUGUGUCAGCCUUCUGCUUGUAUUUUAAACACAGAGGAGCCCGAGUACCUGCAUCACACUUGUCAUCCCCUAGGAGACGUUCAGGACCAGAGUGUAGAGCCAACAACACUGCCUUUUAUGUGGAAGCCUAACGCUGAUUUGAACUGUACAGUCCACCCUACUGCCUUGGAGCUAAACCAGACAUUUGACUUCAAAGAGGAUAAAGUUAACUCCAUCUUUACAACGCAUCACGCCAUUGAUAAGAGUCCGUCUUUUCAUACCACUGGAAGUCUGCAGCCAGCCGGCACGAGAGAUGAAGAUACAUCUUUAUCCUGCUCUGCUCUAACAUCUUCCCAUUCUGACAAGAUGCAUGUGAGAGAGAAGAGUUAUGAUAGAGAGAGCCUUGAAAACUCCCUCGCAGCAUCAUUAGAGGUCCAAGAUACAACAUACACAGUAUUUCCUGAUGGGGUGAUGCAAACUGAUGUUGUUGUUCCAGAUAUUGGAAAUCAGUGUCAGUAUUCUUCAGGAAGGGUCACCAGUGGGUACACAGAUGGGUCACAGCAAAGACGAGUUGGAGAACAAGAGAUACAAGCUCUAACACCAGUUUCUGAUGGCAUGGAUGUUCCCAGUGGGUCUGUAUUACAAGAGUUCUUUUGUUUAUCUAAAGAUGAACCAAAUAGUGAGACACAUUCACAGAGCUCAUAUGGGCAAAAGGAAAUGGGCCAAAAUCUAAGAGAAACAGUGUCCAAUUGUCUUAUAGAUGAUGAAUGCCCUUUACCAGUGCCAGCUUUUGAUAAAAGUAAAGUCCAAGUGCUGAACCCGGAGCAUAAAGGCGCUGUGAUUGAAGAUACACAAAUUGCUUCCAAUGAAAAGGAUUUGGGAACCCAAAAUGGUACCUUAGAAUUGACACUAAGUAGCCCACCGGGACAAAAGAUGGCUUCAUCAUUUGAACUGUCCUGGACCGCAAAUGAUAUGUUCAGUAGCGCAAGUAACACAGUUUGCAUGUCAACGCCAGUCCUAGAACCUACGAAUGCAACCUUUUCUAUUUCACCUGUGGAAGCAACAGAGCAGUGUCGUGAAGUGGAGAGGAGUAACCGAGAGCGUAGAAAUUUACUCAGCUUGAAGGAAACACCUAUGAAUACGUCUAAAACCAGCCUAGGAAAAUCAGCAACCAAAACUAACACCCCUAUAGGCAGCAAAGUUAGAAAAACUGAAAUUAUAAGUUACCCAAGACCAAACUUCAAGAAUGUCAAAGCCAAAGUUAUUUCUAGACCAGUGUUGCAGUCCAAAGACCCGGCUUUAUCAAAGGUCACACCCAGACCGCAGCUGGUCAGUGCGCCAUCCCCCUCAUCAGUGUCUUCCUCAAGACAGGUGACAGCUGUGAGCAAAACGCCAAGAUCCGACUUGAAUGCAGACACAAAAGCAGAAAUCCUAAUUAACAAGACACAUAAGCAGCAAUUUAAUAAACUCAUUACUAGCCAGACUGUGCGUGUUACAACUCAUUCUAAAAAUGCUUCACGCAAGCCUCCAAGAACAACACCUGCCGUGAAAUCGAAUCAGGAAGAUGUUGACAAAGAAAGUUCUUCUAAUUCAGCAUGUGAGACCGGGUCCGUGGCUGCGUUUUUCCAGAAGAUCAAAGGCAUGCUCCCUGUUACAGUGGAGAACCAAGCAUGUUUGGGAAUGACGUAUGUUUCUAACAUCAAUCGGAUUAGCCCUGAAAAAAAGGGUGAAAAAGGAAAUGGGACACCUAUGGAAAAGCAAGAGCUAAAAAGGGAAAUUUUGAAUGAGACCUUUGAAUAUGGUUCUUUCUUUUUGGGCCCUGCAUCAAAAACUGCCACCACCUCAGCUAGGAGUAUAUCCAAGCCUGACUCCUCCAGCGUGAGGAAAACACCUGGUCCAAAAGCUAAAGUGGGGCCUGCUGUCUCCUCUCUGAGGCGAAAAAGCGAAAGUAGAAAUCUCAAUUCUGACCGAGCCUUGUCUCCUCAGAGGAUCAGACGUGUGUCCAGUUCUGCUGGUAAUGCCGCUGUCAUCAAGUAUGAGGAAAAAACGCCAAAGCCAGCAUUCCAGAACGGUUCCUCGGGAUCCUUAUAUCUGAAGCCUUUGGUACCCCGAGCUCAUGUACACUUACUAAAAACUACUCUAAAAGUUGAAAAGGGCAGGCCAAAGAAUCCCAAAAGUUUGUGCACCCAGACGCAGACAUCUCCAGAUGUGCUGUCCGCCGAAAAAACACUUGAAUUGGCUCAGUACAAAGCAAAAUGUGCAAACCAAAGUGGAUUCAUCCUGCAGCUCAAGCAGCUUCUUUCCUGUGGUAAUACCAAGUUCGAAGCGCUGACCGUUGUAAUUCAGCACCUACUGUCUGAGCGGGAGGAAGCGCUGAAACAACACAAAACCUUAUCUCAAGAACUUGUUAACCUCCGGGGAGAGCUAGUCACUGCUUCGACCACCUGUGAGAAGUUAGAAAAAGCCAGGAAUGAGUUACAAAUAGCUUAUGAAGGAUUUGUCCAGAAGCUAAACCAGCAGCACCAGACUGAUCUCACAGAAUUAGAGAACCGGCUUAAAGAAUUUUACACCGGGGAGUGUGAAAAGCUUCAGAACAUUUAUAUUGAAGAAGCAGAGAAGUAUAAAACCCAACUGCAAGAGCAGUUUGACAACUUAAAUGCUGCCCAUGAAACGUCUAAGUUGGAAAUUGAAGCUAGCCAUUCGGAGAAAGUAGAAUUGCUGAAGAAGGCAUAUGAAUCCUCCCUGUCAGAAAUCAAGAAGAGCCAUGAGAUGGAGAAGAAAUCACUUGAGGGUUUGCUUCAUGAGAAACAGGAGUCACUAGAGAAACAAAUCAGUGAUCUGAAGAGUGAAAAUGAUACUUUAAAUGAAAAGUGGAAAUCGGAAGAAGAAAAACGAAUAUCAAGAGAGAAAGCAAAUUUAAAAAACCCUCAGAUCACGUAUCUGGAGCAAGAACUCGAAAGCCUGAAAGCUGUGUUGGAGAUCAAGAAUGAGAAGCUGCAUCAGCAGGACAUCAAGUUAAUGAAAAUGGAGAAGCUGGUGGACAACAACGCAGCCCUGGUGGACAGAUUGAAGCGAUUCCAGCAGGAGAACGAGGAGUUAAAAGCUCGGAUGGACAAGCACAUGGCAAUUUCAAGGCAACUGUCCACCGAGCAGGCCGUUCUACAGGAGUCUCUGGAGAAGGAGUCGAAAGUCAACAAGCGGCUGUCCAUGGAGAACGAGGAACUGCUGUGGAAGCUGCACAACGGGGACCUGUGCAGCCCCAAGAGGUCCCCCACCUCCUCAGCCAUCCCUUUUCAGUCGCCACGGAAUUCUGGCUCCUUCCCCAGCCCCAGCGUCUCACCCAGAUGA